UGAGCACGAUAGCUGAUUUUUUUUUGGUCUCACUUUCUAGGGUUUUGAACACAAUCACCAGAAAAAGGAUCUAAGGCUUAUUUGGAAGAAUGAUCUUUUCACCGAGGAGGAUCCUAAUAUUAAAGCCAUAAUACAGCUGAGACAAUCAAUGCUAAACGAGAAAGCCGGGAAAGCAGCUGAUACGACUCGUACAUAUCAGCAUCUGAAGAAACUGGAGGGAACAAUGCCAAUGCUGAGAAAGAGGAAAUCCAGCGAACACCAGCUACUAUCCUUGGGCUUGUACAACAAGCACUCAAGGGUGUUGAAUCUAGGUCCAAGUCCAUGUCAAACACUAUGACUAAAGAAUUUAAAGAUCAGCUCAAGGACAUCAGUGACACAAACGAACGAGUCAAUGAACUGGGGAAGCUCUUGGAAGUAGAGCAGCUACCAUCUAGCAACUUAGUUUCACAGGCUAUCGAAUGCAUGUUGGCCAAAAGCAUGAAAAGAUGGGCUCCAAACUUAAGAGGACAGUGAAGCUGUCAUUGAGGUUUCGGGGCCCUGCCUUGGAUUGCCAAUGGGAGCCAGUCAGUUGAGAUCCAUCAUAUUCCUAGAUAUGAUAGUUCGAAUGUUGAACUACGCAGGUGUUCAAGUUUGUGCAAAGAGUCAAGUUGGAGAUAGCGGAGAUAGGUUUGGGAUGUUAAUGGAGCACCUUGUCUAGAUUUGGGAUGUUGAUGGAGCACCUGAUUUGGGGUUGGCUGAGCCGCUGCCUACAGGAGAUCUGGAGGCAUAUGGCGCAGCACAGGCCAAAUGCAUUGACGAUGUUAAUGGCUUCAGAAGCAGAGCCAAAGGUGCUCUAAAUCGUCUCAAUGACAAGGAUUCAAAGUAUUCACAUGCAUAUUCAAUAAUCUGCAGUAUGAGCCGAGCAGAGUACAAGCAAAUCUAUGAGCGGCUCGGCGUGUUGUCUCCGGAUGAAACGUGUGUCAGCACUUAUGAUAAGCACAUUCAAGAUGUGGUUAAGGAUCUGACUGCGAAGGCGUUAAUCCAGAAGUCAACUGUGACAACAGGUAAUCAAGUUAUCUGUGGUGAAGACAAAGGGAUCGAAGUAAUAAUCAUGACCAGUGACGGGGCCUACAGUAUACAUGCGACUUUACUAACAGCUCUUGUCAACCAUCUGAAGGAGAAAAAAGAUGCGUGGAUAGUUUACGUGACCGAUGCUGGUGAAGCGAGAAUUUUCAAAUGUUACUUGAUGCUGCUAAGCAAGCAACUUCUGAUCGCGAUGUUGAUGAUUCCAAGCCUAAGAUUACACAUAUGGGGCUGGGUGAUUUUGUUGCUGGAGAUUAUAAUUCUUCGACUGGAGUGAUUGGAUUGCUUGACACUGUCAAACGCGCUGUAUUGCAAUGCUUCCUGUGGAAGCAAAAAAAUGGUCUGGAGAAGUGGCUGAUAAAAUUGCAGAGACUAUUAGCAUCGGUGCUCUCAAGUAUGCUGACUUAAAGAAUGACAGAGACAAUAGUUAUAAAUUCAACCUGGAUGAGAUGCUCUCUAAGCAGGGAAACUCUGCUUACAGUAUCCAGUCUGCCCAUGCUUGUAUAUCAGGCCUCAUCAGUUCACAUGGGAAGGCUUCUUUGGAGCAAGCAAAAGGGAGUGAUGUACGUAUAGUGCUGCUUGAGGAAGCGGAGCUGACCUUGGGUCGGCACCUUGCAAGCUUCACCCAGGUUGUUGAAAAUGCAUGCCUGGCUUUGAAGCCCCACUUUAUUUGUGACUACUUUACUCGCUUUGACAGCAAUUUUCUACCUUUAGCAAUACUUGCUCAAUAUCUGAUGAAAGAGGAGAGGUUAACUGUAGCCGGUUGUUGCUGUGUGAAGCAACCAAUCAAGUAUUUAAACAGUGUUUCGAUUUGCUAGGAAUUGACUAUGUGGUGGACAUAUGCGACAAUUUCUACUAGUAGAAGAAGUGGCGGACGUUAAUCCUGUGUAGAAGAAGAGAAAGUUGUUACAGUAGUAAAGUAUGACAUUAACCCGUGGUAUAUAAGAAGAAUAGGUUGACGCAGUGGUAAAUAUUGAUGAGCAAAAUAGGAAUUUGGUAGUCCUUUAUAAGACAAUGUUUUUGUUCCACGCUGUUACUAAUUUGAUAUUUUUGUUGCCAAGUUGCAGUAUUUUUGGCAAGUUCCUUUUUUGCUUAUGUAAACCUAGCCAGACUAGAAAACGUAAAAUGAUGCGGUUUAAU